UAAGUCCCGCCGGUGUUUGCAGCAAGCUUCAGAGGUGGAGGCGGCGCCGGUUUCCGGGUUCGUAGUAAAGAAGUGGAGAGGGGGUUAGAUGUAAAUACCGCACGAUGGGUCAUCCAGACCCUACUGCGAUAUUCUAGCCAUGGAGAGAAAUGAGAGCAUUGUUCCCAGUAUCACUCAACUGGAAAAUUUCCUUACUGAACAUGACUCUAAUGUUGUUUGGCUCCUAGUUGCUACAAUUUUGUCCUGUGGCUGGAUAAUUUACCUAACCUACUACAAUUCCCGGAACAUUGGACUUAUUUUAACAUUAGUUCUUAACAGAUUACAUAAAAAUGGCUACAUCCAUAUUGGCUCCUUCUCGUUCUCUGUACUGUCUGGAAAAGUCAUGGUUCGUGAAAUCUAUUAUAUUACAGAAGACAUGUCUAUCAGAAUCCAAGAUGGAUUUAUUAUAUUUCGAUGGUGGAAGAUGUACAAUCCAAAGCAGAAACAACAUGAUCCAAAGGCGGAAACGAGAUUGUAUAUCAUGGUGAACGAUUUUGAAUUUCAUGUCUACAACCGCUCUGACCUUUAUGGGCAACUGCAGGAAUUAUUUGGUUUGGACCCAACCAUAAUUCCUCCAAAAAAAGAGGAUGAAAAAGCACGAGAAAAUGGGAGAGAGCAAACACACACAAAUCUUGAAAGUGUCAAAACAAAAAGUGAAUCUCAUGACCCUUCAUCAUCAUGGAGAUCUCUGAUUCCUGUAAUCAAAGUCAAUGUUAGCACAGGUCGUUUAGCUUUUGGAAAUCAUUAUCAGCCACAGACCCUCUGUAUUAACUUUGAUGAUGCUUUCUUAACUUACACCACAAAACCACCUUCAAGCCACCUUGAUCAGUUUAUGCAUAUUGUGAAAGGAAAACUGGAAAACGUGAGGGUUAUGCUAGUUCCAAGUCCAAGAUAUGUUGGACUGCAAAAUGAUGAACCACCACGAUUAAUGGGAGAAGGUUUUGUUGUGAUGCAGUCGAAUGAUGUUGAUAUCUACUAUUAUAUGGAUGAACCAGGUCUGGUACCAGAAGAAACAGAGGAAAAUAAUGAGGGAGAAACCAGUAAUGAAGAUAGUAAAUUGCAAGACCUUCCACCUUGCUGGGGAUUAGAUAUAGUUUGUGGGAAAGGAACAGAUUUCAACUACGGUCCAUGGGCUGACAGGCAAAGGGACUGUUUGUGGAAAUUCUUCUUCCCACCAGAUUACCAAGUCAUGAAAGUUUCUGAAAUUCCACAGCCUGGGAAGCUAAGGCAGAUCCUUGCUUUUGAGCUACGUAUGAAUAUCAUUGCAGAUGCCACUAUUGAUUUGCUCUUUACAAAAAAUAGGGAAACUAAUGCUGUACAUGUAAAUGUUGGAGCAGGCUCUUAUUUGGAAAUAAAUAUUCCCAUGACUGUAGCUGAACAUGGUUACUCCCCUACCAUUAAAGGACAGCUUUUACACAUAGAUGCUACCAGCAGUAUGCAGUUCAGGACUCUCUUAGAAGCAGAAAUGUUAGCUUUUCACAUUAAUGCCUGCUAUCCCCGGAUAUGGAACAUGCCACAGAUAUGGCAAUGUGAAGUUGAAGUUUACAAGGCAACCUACCAUUUUAUCUUUGCUCAAAAAAGCUUCUUUACAGACUUGAUUCAGGAUUGGUCCAGUGACAGCGCUCCUGAUAUCUUCUCAUUUGUUCCCUAUUCAUGGAAUUUUAAAGUCAUGUUUCAUCAGUUUGAAAUGAUUUGGGCAGCAAAUCAGCACAAUUGGAUCGAUUGUUCCACAAAGCAACAGGAAAAUGUUUAUGUGGCAGCCUGUGGAGAAACAUUAAACAUAGUUUUCUCUUUGCCAUUUACUGACUUUGUUCCAAGCACAUGCAAUACUAGAUUCUCUUUAAGGGGAGAAGGUCUUGAUCUUCAUUUACUUCUACCUGACUGCCACCCUAGUAAAUAUUCUCUCUUUAUGUUGGUGAAAGAUUGUCAUCCUAUCAAAUUAAAUCCUGAGUCUUGUGUUUCUGCUGAUAGUCAAAGUGGUCAAAAACAAAGCAAACCAAGGUGGAGGAACAUGACUCAAGAAGAGGCUGGCUGGGUUGAAUGCUGGACUGUACCAAGUGUUAUGCUCACAAUUGAUUAUGCGUGGCAUCCAAUUUAUCCUCAGAAGGCUGAUGAACAGUUAAAGCAGUCACUGUCAGAAAUGGAAGAAACAAUGUUAUCUGCAUUGAGACCAUCACAGAAAAUGGCAGACAGAGGCAUAUCUCCUUCAGGUUCUUCCCGUCUUCCUAUUGACCCUUCAGAACUUCCACCUGACAGGCUCCGUGUAGAAUUGGAACUCUCCCCAGACUCCCAGAUAACUUUAUAUGGACCUCUUUUGAAAUCCUUCCUAUCUAUAAAGGAAAAUUACUUUGGUGAAGAUGAUAUGUACACUGAUUUUGAGGAAGUGAUUUCAAGCCCUGUGUUGUCCAUGUCAACAUCUUCAAGCUCUGGAUGGACUGCAGUAGGAGUGGAUGUUGACAAAAAGGAGAAUGACCCAGCAAUCAGACAGGCUCACCCUCUAACUUUGCGCCCUUGGGAUAUUACUGUGCUUGUUAAUGUGUACAAAGUGCAUGGGCGACUGCCAGUGCAUUGCAGUAGUGAUGGCCCAGAAUGUCCUACAGCUUUCUUGGAAAGGUUAUGUUUUGAAAUGAAAAAGGGAUACAAGGAAACUAUGUUGCAGCUUGUCUUAUCACCAUUGAAUUUAUUCUUGAAUGACAACUAUCAGCGACCCACUGUGGAUGAAGUACUUCGAGAAGGUCAUAUGAGCCUUUCGGGUCUGCAGUUAAGAGCUCAUGCUAUGUUUUCAGCAGAAGGUUUGCCACUGGGAACGGACUCUUUAGAAUAUGCAUGGUUGAUCGAUGUUCAAGCUGGAAGCCUGACUGCCAAGGUUACAGUUCCACAGCUUGCAUGCCUGCUUGAGUGGGGACAAACGUUUGUAUUUCAUGUAGUAUGCCGUGAAUUUGAACUGGAAAGGCCAAAAUCUGUGGUUAUAUGUCAGCAUGGAAUUGAUCGCCGCUUCUGUGAAGCUAAGAUAAGUUGCAUCUCUGGCCCUUGUCCAACGUCUGAUGAAUUAAAGUACACUAUGACACGCCUGGCAGUAGAUGGGGCAGAUGUAUACAUUGUAGAGCAUGGUUGUGCCACAAAUAUAAAGAUGGGUGCUGUGCGCAUUGCCAAUUGUAACCUCCACAAUCAGUCAGUUGGAGAGGGUGUAAGUGCUGCUAUUCAAGACUUCCAGCUGCGACAGUACAUUGAGCAAGUCAACAAUUGUCGAGUUGGUCUUCAGCCUGCAGUACUGCGGAGGGCAUAUUGGUUAGAAGCAGGGUCAACCAAUUUGGGCCUCAUCACGGCUGAUGUUGCUUUAGCAGCAGAUCAUCAUUCUAAGCAUGAAGCUCAGAGACAUUUUUUGGAGACUCAUGAUAGCAGAACUAAGAGAUUAUGGUUUUUAUGGCCAGAUGACAAUACAAAGAAUAAGAGAAGCAAGAACAAAUGUGGCUGUCUUGGUGGCUGUAGGUUUUUUGGUGGCACAGUGUCAGGAUUAGACUUCUUCAAGCUCGAAGACUUGACACCAUCGAGUAGCUCUGCUUUUUCAAGUACAAGUGCAGAAUCGGAUAUGUUUUAUGGACAAUCUUUAUUACAGCCAGGAGAAUGGAUUAUUACCAAAGAGCUUCCAAAAAUUAUAGAUGGUAAGGCAAAUGGUGUUAAAAGAAAAGAAUGGGAGUGCCGAUCUGUGGGAAUGGAAUCAGAAAGAAAAUCCCAGCACCUGAAUUUACAAGUACCACUGCGAUCUCACAGUUCUUCCUCCUCUUCAGAGGAGAAUAGUAGCUCUAGUGCUGCACUUCCCCUGCUAGCAGGUGAGAGAGACAGCCCUUCUUCUGCUAUUGAAGACCACUUGGGGCAAAAGGAGUUCUUGGCUGGUUCAAAAAGAGAAGAAACCCAUGGAAGUACUACAGCAGAUGCUUCAGGAAGUAGUCCUGUGUCUCCUAAUUCCCAAGAGAGACCUGUUGGACAAUCGCCUCUUAGAUCUCCUUUGAAACGGCAAGCAUCAGUGUGUUCUACACGACUUGGGAGCACCAAAAGUCUUACUGCAGCUUUUUAUGGAGACAAGCAGCCUGUUCCAGCUGGUGUGCAGUUCAGCAGCGAUGUCUCUCGUAGUGAUGAAAACGUCUUAGACUCUCCAAAGCAAAGGCGAAGCUUUGGUUCUUUCCCAUAUACCCCUUCUGCAGACUCAAAUUCAUUCCAUCAAUAUCGCUCCAUGGACUCCAGUAUGUCAAUGGCUGAUAGUGAAGCCUAUUUUUCAGCCGCUGAGGACUUUGAGCCCAUCAGCAGUGAUGAAGGCCCAGGAACAUAUCCUGGGAGAAAAAAGAAAAGAAAACAAGCCAAGCAAAUUGAAUAUGGGAGAGGCUCAAUCUAUCACAGUGUAGAAGGACCGCUAACUACGACAUUGCAUGGAGAAGCUAGUCAUGAUCCAAAAAAUUUACCAAUAAAAACGCAUCCCUCACAAGCUUCAUUUGUUUCUGCUUUGGGAGGAGAAGAUGAACUUGUAGAACAUUUAUAUACCAUAGAAGCUGAGAAGGCUCCAGAGAAUGAACAAAUCACUUCCCAGCAGCCUGUAAUGAACUGCUACCAAAGCUACCUUACCCAGUACCAGGUGGUUAAUUGGUCAGUAAAACAUCCAACAAACAAAAGAACCUCUAAAUCUUCUUUACAUCGACCAUUAGAUCUUGACACUCCAACUAGCGAAGAAAGCUCCUCAUCCUUUGAACAGCUUUCUGUUCCAACUUUUAAGAUUGUCAAACAGGGUCUCACAGCUAAUGCUUUACUGGACCGAGGCAUGCAGUUUACAGGAUCAACAUCCAAUACUCCUUAUACUCCUUUGGAAAAGAAAAUCCUUGAUAAUACAGAUGAUGAAACCAUAACAGAGGAAUGGACUCUAGAUCACCCAGUUUCCCAGACCAGAACGACCGCUAUUGUGGAAAUAAAAGGAACUGUCGAUGUAGUGCUCACGCCUCUUGUAGCAGAAGCUUUAGACAGGUACAUAGAGGCCAUGGUUCACUGUGCAAGCACAUGUCACCCAGCAGCUAUUGUGGAUGAUCUACAUUGUAAGGUCCUCAGAGAAGCUGCACAGAAUAGAAAAACAACUUUUUCAGAAAACCUGUCCUCGAAGCAGGAUGUUAGAGGAACAAAAAUAGAGACCCCUGCUACAGGAACAACUCAAGUAAAAACACAGGCAAAUCUUUCUCUUAAGCAAGAUAAUGUGACUAUAAAAGGUCUUCAAGCCAAUGUUACACUACCCAAGGUAAAUCUGUGUUUACUGCAAGCAUCAGUGGAAGAGUCAUCAGGCACAACCACAAGCAAAAGUGUAACCCAUGUUUCUUUAGUAGCUUUGUGCUUUGAUAGGAUUGCUACACAGGUUCGUAUGAACAGGGGUGUGGUUGAAGAGAAUCCUAACAGUUCAGAAACUAGAAGAGGUUCUGUAACUUUUGACAAGUAUGUCCAUAGCAAUAAGAUGCAGCCUCAGUCUUCUGGCUCCCUGCGAUCAAAUGCUGGAGCAGAGAAAGGAAAAGAAAUCGCAGCGAAGCUUAAUAUUCACCGUAUUCAUGGGCAGCUCAGAGGCCUUGAUACAACAGAUAUUGGGACCAGUGCAAUAACAGCUAUUCCUUUCGAAAAAUCAAAAGUCCUUUUUACUUUGGAAGAGUUGGAUGACUUCUCCUUUGUAGAUGAAACUGAUCAUCAGGCAGUUCCAGAUGUAACACGGAUAGGUCCCAGCCAAGAGAAAUGGGGCUGGAUAAUGUUUGAAUGUGGAAUCGAAAAUCUGACAAUAAAAGGUGGUAGACAAUCUGGUGCUGUUUUAUAUACAACAUUUGGGAAUAUAGGUAAAUCUACCACCACAGAUAGGGGUGGGUUACUUGCAUCCAACAAUUCUUCAGAUUCUCCAACUGGUAGUGGUUACAAUACUGAUGUAUCUGAAGAAAAUCUCCCCUGUGAUCGAAUAAGUGCAGCGUCAGAUACUCAUCCAAAUUCAGUUUCAGAUGAGCAGGAUGAAGGGGUUGAAUCUGAUGAUCUGAAGAAAGAGCACCCUUUAAGGCCUCCCCCACCUGAUUCCUGUAGCAUGAAACUAAUGAUAAAAGAAAUUUGGUUCAGUUUUGCUGCUCCUACAAAUGUGCGUUCACCUGCCCAUAUAUUUUCAAGGCAGCUAAACCUUCUAAGCACUGCAACUCCUGCGGUUGGCGCUUGGCUUCUUCCUAUUGAUCAAGUGAAGUCCUCUUUAAAUAAAUUAGAAACAGAAGGAACGCUACGAGUUUGUGCUGUCAUGGGCUGUAUAAUGACAGAAGCCUUAGAGAACAAAAGUGUACACUUUCCCAUAAGGAGCAAGUACAACAGGCUCACUAAAUUAGCCCGUUACCUACAAGAAAACCCUUCCUGUUUGCUGUGUAAUAUACUGCAUCACUAUCUUCAUCAAGCAAACUAUUCAGUCAUUGAGGAUGCAACUAUGAGUGAUGGCCUUCCUGCUCUAGUAACAUUAAAGAAAGGUCUCGUUGCACUAGCUAGGCAAUGGAUGAAAUUCAUUGUGGUGACACCAGCCUUCAAAGGGGUGAGUUUACAUAGGCCAGCUCAGCCAAUGAAACUCCAGUCAACUGUACCCCGUGAACAAGAGGAUGGCUUUGGCUUAGACAAUGGAGGUGGUCUUCAAAGUGAUACAAGUGCUGAUGGAGCAGAAUUUGAGUUUGAUGCAGCCACUGUCAGUGAACAUACAAUGCUUCUGGAAGGAACUGGUACCCGCCCCCCACCUGCUGGUGUUUCUUCUGGGCCUGUGAGUGGGGCUGAGUUCAUGAGGAAAUUAUCAAAGACUCAUACUCAUAGUGAUUCUGGUCUUAAAAUAAAGGGUAUCCAUCCAUAUCACUCCCUGAGCUACACAAGUGGAGAUACAGCUACAGAUUCACCAGUGCACGUUGGUCGUUCUGGGCUGCUUAUCAAAGAAAGCCCAAGAAAAGAGAGUCUACUCAGCUACUUGACAGGAAGUUUUCCUAGCCUACACAAUCUCUUGGAAGGAACUCCUCAAAAAAGUACUACAGCCCCUAAAAGUAGUUCUUUAACAAGAACAGUGAAUGCUAUGCCCACUGAAAUGUUAUCUGAGCAUCCUUUAUUAUCGGAGCCAUCAUCUGUGAGUUUCUAUAACUGGAUGUCAAAUGCUGUGGGCAACAGAGGAGGUGCGAUUCAAGAAUCUCCCAUCACCAAAUCUGGACACAAUAGUCUCCCAACAGGUGCGGCCCCAAAUCUUCCAACUAUACCUUCAGCUUCUGACUUCAAUACAGUAUUGUCUAGUGAUCAGAACACAUUGGACGGAACACAUUCACAGCACAGUACUAGUCAAGAUGACAUUGCUGGUAUUGAGGAAGGUAACCAGGGAUUCCCUGCUGUUCAACUUGCAGAUGCCCAGGUUGUUUUCAAACCUCUUCUGAGCCACACGGGGAUUCAGUCUCAGGAUGUAGUACCGUUAUGCUACAGGAUGUACUUUGGAGAGCAUCUUUCAUUCUCAGGGACCCUGGAUUGCCUUCGGGCAGACAUAGUUGAUUCGGAUACAGCAAAAGAGAGAAGAAGCAAAAGGGCACGAAGGCAAGGAGCAGUCAGUAUGCCUCCACUUGAAUUCAAACCAGCAUUAAUGUUGGAAACGUUCAGCAUCAGUGCUGUUAUAAUGGAGAAGUCAGUGUCUACACCUCAAAAUUCCACCAAUGCCCUUGCAUUUCAUGACUUUAACAAACGUCAUUAUAGCACCUUUCACUGCAAUUUUACAAUCUCAUGUCAGUCUAUAAGCCAGCAUGUAGAUAUGGCACUAGUCCGCCUUAUUCACCAGUUUAGUACCAUGAUAGAUGAUAUCAAAGCUACACAAACGGACAUCAAACUCAGUAGAUACACAGCUGGUUCAGCUUCUCCCACACCCACCUUUAAAACCCGGAAACACAGAGACUUUCGUUCUUCUGACUUCAGUCGCAGCUCCCGAGGGAGCCUCAAUGGUGUCAACAGAGUAAACAAUGCAAAAAACAAACGAUCGAACAAUGAGAAUAAUAAAAAAGAAACUCGAAACAAAAAUUCGCUUGGGAGAUCCGAAAGAAGAACUUCUAAAGUUUCCAGGAAAGGUUCAAAGGAUGUUGUUGAUCACGUGACCAUUCAUAUGGAUGACUCAGAUUCAAUUACAGUGUCAGAACAGAGUGAACCUUCUGCUGAGUGUUGGCAGAACAUGUAUAAACUGUUGAACUUCUAUUCUCUUAUCUCAGAUCCAACAGGGAUUUUAGAAAAAUCUUCAGAAACAUUUUAUCCAGCAGGUGUUCGAAGUCCUACUGAACCUGCAUGUAGGGUUGCAUUUGAGAAUGAGCAGGAUAACAGCAGCUUGAGUAGAACACAGAGGAAACGCAGUUUGGUCAUAUCUGAACCUCAGCACGUGACCCUGAUAGUCUUUGGUAUAGGCAUGGUAAAUCGUACUCAUCUUGAAGCAGAUAUUGGUGGGCUUACAAUGGAAUCUGAACUGAAAAGGAUUCAUGGAAGUUUUACACUCAAAGAAAAAAUGAAAGAUGUACUUCAUCAAAAGAUGACAGAGACAUGUGCUACUGCUCAUAUAGGUGGUGUUAAUAUUGUUCUUCUGGAAGGGAUCACACCAAAUAUCCAACUGGAGGAUUUCCCUACAUCACCAACAAGCACAGCCAAACAAGAAUUUCUAACUGUGGUGAAAUGUAGCAUUGCCAAAUCACAGGCUCUUUAUAGUGCCCAAAGGGGGUUGAAAACAAAUAAUGCUGCAGUCUUCAAAGUAGGUGCUAUUAGCAUCAAUAUUCCUCAGCACCCAGCUACACUUCAUAGUAUGAUGGUGCGCAGUUCUCAUCAGCUUUCAAAACAGAUCUCUGACCUCAUCAGACAGCCAACUACAACUUCACAGCCUGCAAAAGAAGAUACUGCAACACCAUUGCCUGCAGAAAAGACACCUACAAGUGUCAAUCAGACACCUAUUGAAACAAAUGAGUUUCCACAGCUGCCGGAAGGUUUGGAAAAGAAGCCCAUAGUUCUUAAAUUCAGUGCCAUGAUUGAUGGAAUUGCUAUAGGAGCAGCACUCUUGCCAUCCUUAAAAGCCGAGUACAAGAUGGGAAGAAUGAGAAGUCAUGGAAUGACAGGUGCACAAACAAGGUUUACAUUUGAGCUGCCAAAUCACAAGUUGCGGUUCACUUCCAAAGUCUCUGCCACUGAUAUGUCUACCAUCCCUCCCUCAGCCAGUCUUAACCUUCCCCCUGUCACGAUGUCAGGCAAAUACAUCAUGGAAGAACAUGAUACCUAUUCAGAUCACAUAUGGAGUAUAGAUGAACUGCCCGCUAAGCAGGGCUAUUAUCUCCAGGGAAACUAUUUGCGUUGUGUAGCUGAGGUUGGGUCCUUUGAACAUAAUCUGACAACAGACCUUUUGAACCAUUUGGUUUUUGUGCAGAAAGUAUUUAUGAAAGAGGUCAAUGAAGUAAUACAGAAAGUCUCAGGAGGGGAGCAACCUAUUCCUCUUUGGAAUGAACAUGAUGGAACAACUGAUGGAGAAAAGCCAAAGAUUCUCCUCUACUCUUUGAGUCUGCAAUUUAAGGGUAUCCAGGUUACUGCCACAACACCAUCAAUGAGGGCUGUACGAUUUGAAACGGGAUUGAUAGAACUGGAGCUCUCAAAUAGAAUACAAACCAAAGCAAUGCCUGGUAGUACCAGCUACCUGAAACUCUUUGGUAAAUGCCAAGUGGACUUAAAUCUGGCAUUAGGACAAAUUGUUAAACAUCAGGUUUAUGAAGAAGCUGGAUCAGAUUUCCAUCAAGUAGCUUACUUUAAAACCAGAAUUGGAUUAAGAAACGCCCUUAGAGAGGAAAUCAGUGGUUCAUCAGAUCGAGAAGCUGUGCUCAUUACGUUGAACAGACCAAUUGUUUUUGCUCAACCUGUGGCCUUUGAUAGAGCUGUGCUUUUCUGGCUGAACUACAAGGCUGCUUAUGACAACUGGAAUGAACAGAGAAUGGCCUUGAAUAAAGAUAUUCAUAUGGCUACAAAGGAAAUAGUUGAUAUGUUACCUGGAAUCCAGCAGACGUCUGCUCAAGCUUUUGGGACGCUCUUCCUCCAGCUAACGGUUAAUGACUUGGGAAUUUGCUUGCCCAUCACAAACACACCACAGAUUCAGAGGCAGGGGCCCAAGAUUAAUUUUGGGGGACAGAAAGAAAAACAGAAUUACUGUACUAAUCACACAGCUGAUCUGGACACUGGCUCCGCAUUAGUCUUGACUAUUGAAAGUACUUUAAUUACUGCCUGCUCUUCAGAGUCUCUGGUCAGCAAAGGUCAUUUUAAAAACUUCUGUAUCCGUUUUGCGGAUGGUUUUGAAACAAGCUGGGAUGACUGGAAGCCAGAAGUUCGAGGAGAUCUAGUCAUGAAUGCUUGUGUAGUUCCAGAUGGCACCUAUGAGGUGUGUUCAAGGACAACAGGACAAGCAGCUGCAGAAAGUAAUAGUGCUGGAACAUGGACUCUUAAUGUGCUGUGGAAGAUGUGUGGAAUUGAUGUGCACAUGGAUCCUAAUAUUGGGAAAAGAUUGAAUGCUCUAGGAAAUACCCUUACAACAUUGACAGGAGAGGAAGACUUAGAUGACAUUGCUGACCUUAACUCUGUUAACAUAGCUGAUCUAUCCGACGAGGAUGAAGUUGAUACUAUGUCUCCCACUGUUAGUGCGAAAUCAGAUGGUGGUCCAUUAUGUGGAGAUGUACACAAGCUCACUUUUGGGCAGCGGAUUGUAAAUCACCUGCUGGGCUUGAGCCCCAAAAGCCAUCGUUACUCUGUUCCUGUAGAAUAUCUGUCGGGAUCAGCAUCAAGUGAUACUACUUAUUCUAACAGUUCUCACUUAAAAGCGGGCAGGUCUUGCUCAUGGGGACAUGAGAAUGCUGACUAUCGGAGGCAAGGAACAUCUAAUAACCAGACUGGAGAGCAGAGAGCAAGGAAGUAUGUGAAACGCUUAGUGGAUAUAAGGGAGCUGAAUGAACAAGCCAAAGUAAUUGAUGAUCUAAAGAAACUGGGUGCAAGUGAAGGAACCAUUAACCAAGAAAUUCAACGCUAUCAGCAGUUGGAGUCAGUAGCUGUCAAUGACAUUCGCCGAGACGUUCGUAAAAAACUGCGCAGGUCAAGUAUGAGGGCGGCAUCGCUCAAAGACAAAUGGGGCCUAGGUUACAAACCUAGUUAUAAUCGAUCCAAAAGUAUUACAGCUUCAGGAAGACCACCUCUAAAAAGAAUGGACAGAGCAAGUACACGGCUUGGAGAAAGUGAGGAACUUCCAGAGAUACGAGUAGAUGGAGCAUCUCCUGGACCCAGAGUAACUUUCAACAUACAGGACACGUUGAAUAAAACAGCUUUGGGGAUUGCACAACAAUCCAGCUGUCCAGGGGAAGGGUAUUUUCAGUUUCCAGAGGAGACAGAAUUGGAUCUUUUGUCAGUAACAAUUGAUGGUCCAUCCCAUUACUCAUCCACUAGUGAAGGAUCAUGCUCAGUAUUCAGUUCACCCAAAACUCCAGCUGUCUUCUCACCAAGCAUUCCCUUCCAGCCUGAAGAAGGAAGACGAGAUGACAGCUUGUCUUCAACGAGUGAGGAUUCUGAAAAAGAGGAAGAUCAUGAAAGAGAGAGGCCUUAUUUUUACAGAAGAACACAGACUGUUUCUCGUAAGAAAGCAACAGGUUUUGCUGCUGUCCACCAACUGUUUACUGAACGGUGGCCAACGUCUCCAGCCAAUAGAAGUGUAACUGGAACAACUACGGAGAGGAAUAUCGACUUUGAACUUGAUGUGAGAGUUGAAAUUGACUGUGGCAAGUGUGUACUUCAUCCAACAACACUUCAGCAGGAACAUGAUGACAUAAGCUUAAGGAGGAGUUACGAUCGCAGUUCCAGAAGUUUAGAUCAAGAGUCUCCUUCAAAAAAGAAGAAAUUUCAAACUAAUUAUGCAUCAACUACUCACUUACUGGCUGGAAAGAAAGUGCCAUCAUCUCUACAGACAAAAUCUAGUGACCUGGAAACAACAGUAUUUUACAUUCCUGGUGUAGAUGUAAAGCUUCAUUACAACUCUAAGAUGUUGAAGACUGAAUCACCAAAUGCAUCUCGAGGUUCAUCUCUGCCAAGGACCCUUUCUAAGGAAUCCAAGUUGUAUGGUAUGAAAGAUACUGCCGUGUUUCCUACCCACGGCAAGGCUAAAACUUUGCUUCCUCCCCAACCCCCACCUAUUCCAUCAGCCAAAGGAAAAGGAAGUGGUGGUGUAAAAACAGCAAAAUUAUAUGCUUGGGUUGCACUGCAGUCUUUGCCGGAGGAAAUGGUGAUUAGCCCCUGUCUGUUAGACUUCCUAGAGAAGGCCCUUGAAACAAUUCCUAUAACUCCAAUAGAAAGGAAUUACACAGCUGUUAGUUCACAGGACGAGGAUAUUGGGCAGUUUGAUAUGCAAGAUCCCUUAGAAGAAUCCACAGCAUCCUUAGUAUCUUCAUCAACAUCAGCAUAUUCUUCUUUCCCUGUUGAUGUGGUGGUUUAUGUAAGAGUUCAGCCUUCACAGAUCAAGUUCAGCUGUUUACCAGUUUCACGGGUAGAAUGCAUGUUGAAACUUCCCUCCCUCGACCUUGUAUUUUCUUCAAAUCGAGGGGAACUGGAAACUUUAGGUACAUCCUGCCCCACCGAAAAUUCUGUACAAAGUGGGUCAAAGAUGCCUGUUAAAACUGUCUCACCAGGUUCAUCUCCUGGACUGGGCAGCCCUUUUGGAAGAACACGGCACAGCAGUAGCCAGUCAGAUCUGACAGGCUCUAGCAGCAGCUCUUCAGGUCUGAGCUUCACAGCCUGCAUGUCUGAUUUCUCCCUUUAUGUAUUUCAUCCAUAUGGGGCAGGAAAGCAGAAGUCCAGUGUGGCUGGCCUGUCUUCUGGAUCAGGAUCCUUAGGAAAUGUAGAUGAAGAACCCUCAUCAGUUACUGGUCGUAAAGAUUCACUAAGCAUCAAUCUUGAGUUUGUGAAAGUUAGCUUGUCAAGAAUAAGGCGUUCAGGGGGUGCUACCUUUUUUGAGAGCCAGUCUGCAAGCAAAACUGCAAGCAAGAUGGACACAACUUUAAUAAAUAUAUCUGCUGUUUGUGAUAUAGGAUCUGCUUCUUUUAAAUAUGACAUGAGAAGACUAAGUGAGAUUUUAGCUUUCCCAAGAGCCUGGUACAGGAGGAGUAUUGCAAGGCGUCUCUUUCUAGGCGACCAAACAAUAAAUUUGCCAGUAACAUCUGGCCCUGGGACACCAGAUUCUAUUGAAGGAGUGAAUCAGCACAUGUCUCCGGAAUCAUCACGAAAAGCAUACUGUAGGACAUGGGAGCAGCCAAGUCAGUCUGCUUCAUUUACACACAUGGCUCAGUCACCUAAUGUUUUCAAUGAGCACAAUGCAAGUAGUAAUAUGUCACCUGGAACAGCAGCUCAUAACCUAAAAUCUCCAGCUGUUUCUAGAUCCAGGAGUGUGUCAGACUCCUCUGUUCCUCAGAGAGAUAUACUCUCAAAAACAUCAACUCCUUUUAAUAAAUCAAACAAAGCUGGAAGUCAGCAAGUGACACCAUGGGAGACUCUGGUUGUGUUUGCUAUGAACUUGAAACAAUUAAAUGUCCAAAUGAACAUGAGCAAUGUAAUGGGAAACACUACGUGGACUACUAGUGGUUUGAAAAGCCAGGGCCGUUUAUCUGUGGGCAGUAACAGGGAUCGGGAAAUUAGCAUGUCAGUUGGUCUCGGGCGAUCACAUUUGGAUUCUAGAGGAGGAGUGGUUGGAGGUACCAUAGAUGUUAAUGCCUUGGAGAUGGUGGCUCAUAUUUCCGAACAUCCCAACCAGCAGCCAAGUCACAAAAUUCAGAUUACGAUGGGCUCUACUGAAGCACGUGUUGAUUACAUGGGAUCCAGUAUCCUAAUGGGCAUUUUCAGUAAUGCAGACCUUAAGCUACAGGAUGAAUGGAAAGUUAACCUCUAUAAUACUUUGGAUUCCAGCAUUACUGAUAAAAGUGAGAUAUUUGUCCAUGGAGAUUUGAAGUGGGAUAUUUUUCAAGUAAUGAUUUCCAGAUCAACCACGCCAGACCUCAUCAAAAUAGGAAUGAAGCUCCAGGAAUUCUUUACUCAGCAGUUUGACACCAGCAAGAGAGCUUUGUCCACAUGGGGACCUGUUCCUUAUCUUCCUCCAAAGACUGUGGUCAAUACGGUAGAAAAAAGCUCACAUCAGCAAUUAUUGGACGCAGCACAUCAUCGCCAUUGGCCAGGGGUUUUAAAGGUGGUGUCAGGAUGCCACAUAUCCUUAUUUCAGAUUCCUUUACCAGAAGAUGGAAUGCAGUUUGGAGGCUCUAUGAGCUUGCAUGGAAAUCACAUGACAUUGGCAUGUUUCCAUGGACCUAAUUUUCGUUCAAAGUCUUGGGCUCUGUUUCAUCUUGAAGAACCUAACAUUGCCUUUUGGACAGAAGCUCAAAAAAUCUGGCAAGAAGGUUCUAGUGAGCACUCUACAUAUGUCGUGCAAACACUGGACUUCCAUUUGGGUCAUAAUACUAUGGUGACAAAACCAUGUGGGGCCCUAGAAAGUCCAAUGGCAACCAUCACCAAAAUAACAAGGAGGCGUCAUGAAAACCCACCACAUGGAGUUGCAAGUGUGAAAGAGUGGUUCAAUUAUGUUACAGCUACAAGGAAUGAAGAGUUAAAUCUUCUCCGAAAUGUUGAUGCAAAUAACCCAGAGACUAGCACAACAGUGAAAAGCUCCAGCUUAUUAAGUGGAUUCAGAGGAAGUUCCAGUUAUAAUCAUGAGACUGAAACGAUCUUCGCAUUACCAAGGAUGCAGCUGGACUUCAAAUCAAUUCAUGUUCAACAACCACAGGAACCUUUAUUACAAGAUGCCAGUGCUAAACCAAAGGUGGAGUGCAGUGUAGUAACAGAAUUCACUGAUCACAUAUGUGUAACCAUGGAUGCUGAACUGAUAAUGUUCCUGCAUGACUUAGUGUCUGCUUAUCUUAAAGAAAAGGAAAAAGCCAUCUUUCCACCACGCAUUUUGUCUAGUCGGCCAGGACAGAAAAGCCCUAUCAGUGUACUUGAUGAGAGCUCUUCUGAGAGAGGAUCAGAAGAAAGUAUUACUUACACUACUGUUGAUUGGAGAGAAUUUAUCUGCAAUACAUGGCAUUUGGAGCCCACACUCAGAUUAAUUUCUUGGACUGGAAGAAAGAUUGAUCCAGUAGGCGUCGAUUAUAUUCUUCAGAAGCUAGGCUUCCAUCAUGCAAGAACUACAAUUCCUAAAUGGCUUCAACGUGGAGUCAUGGACCCACUAGACAAAGUUCUAUCAGUUCUUAUCAAAAAGCUUGGCACUGCACUACAGGAUGAAAAAGAAAGGAAAGGAAAAGACAAGGAAGAUCACUGAAUCAAUCCUAAAUUAAGGUGGCAAACACUGAUUUUAUAUUUUUUCCUGUUUUACCAUGUAUUCAGUUGUUUAAGUAUGAUUUAUACUGAAAGAACCUAAAAAUUGUUUGCUACUAUAUUUAAAACUUGAUUGACAUUGUGAAUAAUGGUUUACUGUGGUAGGUGAUGCCAUUUUGUAUUGUCUAGCAUUGCAUGACCAAUAUUUGUGAAGAAAACUAAAGCUGCUCUUUAGCAUUCACAAUUGUAUUAUGUGCAAUAUUCUUCAUCUCUAAGCUACAAAUUAACUGUGAAUUUUCUUAACUUUUAUUUGCCAUAACACUGAAAACCCUUUUGGAUAAUGUGAUUCCAUGAAUGGCUUUUUCUUGUCCGUGUAGAUUGUAUAUAUUCUAUAUGUAUAUAAUUUAUGGAACUGUGAUUGCUAUAGUGCUAAAUCAUUUUAAGUUUGUUACACUUGGAAUAAAAGUUAAUGUCAAA